GCUAAAUGUGUCUCUAUUGCAAUUCCCCCUGUAUAUAAAACCCGAAAUCCAGUUUAAGACAACCGUUAGUUAUAACCGUUGGAACCUGAGAUUUGAGCUUCCCGGCUGGAAGACAAGGGACAGGACAGAAGAUGGAUGGUUUCUUUCAAGACGAGUGGCAAGGUGAUGGCUUCUGGAAUGAGAUUGGUCCAGUGAAUCAAGGUGCUUUUGUGCCGUAUAUACGCAGAGCUGGGGCUGGAAGUGAGAGCUCUUCUAUGGGGGCACAUCCUACUAACAUGAACAAAAGAAUGGUAGAAUUCAUGAGGAGAAGUUUUCCAGUAAAUAUUGGAGCUCAAGAGCCUGGUAGCGAACGCUGUAAUCGUCAUAUGAUGAGUGAGAGAUUGAGGAGAGAGAGGGAGAGGCAUGGUUACUUGGCUCUGCAUUCUUUGUUGCCACUUGGCACCAAGAAGGAUAAGAACUCGAUUAUGCAGAUGGCAGCAAAGAGAAUUCAAGAGCUGGAGACAUACAAGAGGAUUUUGGAGAGGAGAAAUGGUGAAAUUGAAGAGAAACUGGCAGGAAGUGGAAUUGUAAAUGUGGAGAGUACAAAGAUUAGAAUUGAAGUGGCCAAUCCAACAUCUGGGGUGGAUCCUAUGGUAGACGUUCUCAAGUGCUUGAAGAGCUUGGGAGCAAAAACCAGAAGCAUUCAAUCUCAGAUUUCUGAUCAGCAACUUGUAGCGGUAAUGGACAUUGAAACUGAGGUAAUCCCCUCCUCUCCCUUGCUUUCCAACAACGGUCUUUUUCUUCAGGCAAGAUUUGAUGCAGCAUAUCAUGCAUGGUAUCACUGUGCUUGUUAUUGUCAAUUCCGGCAGUUAUGGUUAACCUCUUGGUAGAGAGAGUAGGAAACAAAGACACCAUUUUUCAUGGUCCAUCAAUAAUUUACUUCGUUGUAUCUGUUUCUGGCUAGCCAAAAAACACACGAGUGGGUCGUCUUUGGCCACAAACUGCUCAAUUUUCUCAUCCAUGGAAUGGAAGGGUCAAUCUUGACUUUCUCCACUUGCUGAUGCUGGCCUUGUGAAUUUAAAAACAAGUGCUUGAUAAAACGUGCACUGGUCUAGUAUUUUAAUCACAUUUUAUUGAUGCUGAUUGUGUGUUUCGAAUGUUGCUAGAUUGAAGCUGCUGAGAUAGAAAACGCCGUGAAACGAACACUGGCAAGAUAUUGACAAGUAACUUCCACGCCGUUUCCUGGAAGGUUAGACAGGAGAAAAUUGGGGAGGUUGAUCCAAUAUUUUGAAGCUAGAAGCCAAAAAAAAGUGAUAGUAAUACAAGUCAGCUUGACUGUACAGUUUCAGCAAAUUGUUUAGUAAUUAAGGUUAACAACGUGGAAGAUCACUGCCUGGUCAGCUUCUCGAUGGUUCAAUUGUCUAUGUUUGAAUUUUGAUUGACUAAAAGCUUGUAAUUAUACGAUUAUCGAAACAAUGAGUGACAUGAUUGGAAAAAUAAAUAA